AUGAAACACUACUCAGACGGAAGGCAGCACGAUGGCUCUCGCGCCAGAGUCACGAAAAAGAGUGUAGCAGGCUUGUACAUUUCAAAACAGCCGAAAUCGCAUGAAAGCACUAAGUUACCACAGUUGUCAAAAACGAAACGCACUGUUCUGCAAGACAAACACGAGACCUCGAACCUGGGGGACAAAAAAGCAUUUCAGAUUCACAAGCAGAAGCAAGAUGCUCCAGCAGAACGUCGACCAAACGUUUCAAUUGUCGUUGAGGCCACGGAGCAAAGUCACGCGGAAAUUCUUGCAAAUGAGGCCCUCAAGCGAAAGAGGGUGGAACAAAACUUAGACCAACUAAUCCGCAGUAUUAAACCCACAUUUUGUCGUGAUCAGUCCAUUAAACCCCCUGAUCAACCGAACAAGGAAGAAAGAAAUGUUUCCAACACGGGAACUACGGAACAACAGGACAGUCACAAUGCUAGCAGCACGAUUCAAAGGCAUUCUAGCUUCUUCUCAAUGAGAUUCGACAAGCCGGGUGAUGAAAAUGACCGGAAUCUUGUCGUGGAAGAGACCGACUAUCGACCACCGGCCAGUCCGAGUGGCAAGGAACCAGUGUUGCGUUUCAAUGCAGAAACAGAAUUUGUGGACCUGCCAUUCAGCAAGGACAAAAUUCGUGUGCCACCAAAGAAAAUCAUACAACUAAAGCACCUGCCAACAGAUCCGCUAGCAAAGCAUCGUAAAGAAAAGCGCGUUUUUGCGGUUGGUUUCAAACUGCCAGUGAAAACAGAUAGCGCAGAGACACUAGAGGACUCUCAGCAGAUACACCAAGCUGCUCUCAUGCGUCUCUGCGAAGCCUACACCAAAAACCUUGGCCCUGAAUACCUGCGCACAUUGAUGAAGGAGAGCGUCCAGUCAAUUGACCAAUCCGACGACGAAGACGCCACGCCAGUAGAAUGGAAAAAUGGCGCAACUUUUGUUGAGGAUGCUACAGAACGCAUUUGGAACUGGGACAAGUCCCUCAUUAACAGUAAGCUCCUACUUGACUCCCAGGGACGAUCGAUCUUCACCAAGGACCUUGUCAAAGGACCCUUCCGAGAUUCUCCGGAUAUCUUCCAGGGUUCCCUUGGUCCGAACGACUGCGACAUCAAAUCAGACCUGGCAGCGCUGCUCUGCAUGGACUCGGAUUCCUCCACCGACAUCGAAUUCGACGAGACGGAUUUCGUCAAGGGCCACACCUCCGAUUCGAUCGUCCGGUUAAACGGGCAAAAGCCCUCCAAGACACACACGAGAAAACCAGAGAUGGGUAACUCAGGUCUGCCAUCCACGGGCAGCAUGGUUUCGGCCAUGGAUUCAGCGUUGGAGGUGCAACAGGAGGAGAACGAGAAGGCGGGCGAGAACGCGAAACCCGGAGAUGUUCCCGCCGAUGCGUCGGACGAGCCUCAAGCGGCGCCGCCAGCGCCAUCGGGAAUGGAGGCCGAUGCAAAGAUGAAAACGACUCUGCAAGCGGCCGCCAAUUCAGCGGAGCCCACCAGCACCAGCAUCACCAGCAUCUCCCUCACAGCUACCACUUCGGGUGAAAGGCGAGUAGUCAGAAGUGCCUCGGCAGUAUCUGGAGGCUCCAUACUUCGCAGGCGCCGAAAAGGCACCGACACGGCGGCCGCAACUACCGCCAAUAAGAAGAAGAAGCCCCGCUUCGCCAAGCGUCAACGGCAAGAACGACGGGCACGAGAUCCCAUCGAGGUUCCCAUUGACGUCCCAGUUGAAAAAUUGCAAACUGGCCUCGAAAAUGUGGCCAUCGACUGGUGCAAGAUAAUUAUGGCGUCGAAUGCGCCCAAUCCAAUGCGAUGGUUCGAUGCAAUGGGCGCCAUGGAGCACCAGGAGGCCGACGCUGUUUCGCUCAAUUCCGAGGGUCAAGGACGCCAAAGGGAGGCCUACGGUUUGGGAAAACGCUUUGUUUGCGUCGCCGGUGGCCUUGAGGGCUUGGAUAUGAUGCUGAAGCACACAGCAGAGCCCGACCAACCGAAGGCCGAGGUGCUGCUCGACUGCAUGGUGAAGAACUACAAAUUGCAGAUGCCUCUGGCUGUUGGCGACCCAGUUCGUCUGCGAGAACUCUACGAGAACACCAUAUUGAAAAACCCUAUUCUGUACAAAAUGGUCCUCCGGCGACGCAACAUCCUUCCCGACGACUUGCAGGCCUUCGUUGCGAGGAUCAUCGAGACUACGGAGUCCUCGGACGCCGUUCUAGCGGCACUCUAUCCCUCCAAAUCGAACACCGAUUUGAUUCUCAACGCAGCCAAGGAAAUGUUUGCAUCGGGCUACCUCGCAGGAGGGCCGCCAUGCCCCAAGGGCAAAUUGGAUGCACCGAAAAAGGCCACGAAAAAAAAAGCCGACUCCGACGAGGCCAGUGAGGGCAGUAGUGAAAAAUCUUCAAGCGCAACGGAACCUUCCACACAAUCCUCGGAGCAGCCAGGAGGGCCUGGUGAGUCCUCGCGGAUUGAGAGCUACGGCAGUGAUGUCAACUACGAGAAGGCCUUUGGCAUUAGCCUGAGAAACCCCAGCCGAGACAUACUGCAAGAGGUUGCUUACCAUAUUCCCGAAUUUGCGUACUACGUCAGACCUCUAUUCGAGACUAGAUGGGUCAAGAUAGCGACGGACAAGGGCAUUGAAGAGCUACUGCCUGAACUCUGCACCCUCCGUAAUAUGCGACAGCGGAGAUUAGAAUUGAUGAAAGUCGGUUUUUGGUUCACAGAGAAGGAAGAAAAAGAGGAGGCCCUGAAAGUGAGACAACUUUCACGAGCACUGGUCACGCGUUUGUGCGACCUUCUUCGAGGACCACUAGCCGCAUUAUCAGGCUCGGGAGUAUGGAUGGGCCUUCUAGCUUGCCUCCACGGAAUCAUGUUCUGGCCGCCAAUUGGCGACUUUUUGAUCUGUAAACUCAAAACCUGGAUCCCGGCACUGCUUCUAACGCUUUACAGUGAAUACCCUACCGUGCGAGAGGAUGGAUGCUGCGUGCUCUCCUUCCUGGUUUGCUGCUAUCACAUGUUUUCGCGCCUCCAAAAAUUCUGCCGCUACCUCCUCAUUUCAAACAUUACAUUUGCCCUCCUCGAUGCAAUGGAAAGAUACCGUGAUACGUACGCCUGCUUCCACGGCACCCUGGGCUACCUCCUACAUUCGGUGCCAUGCAGUGCGGUGGUCGAUUGUCUACUCGCUUGGGUUCCAGACAUCAUAAAUCAACCAUCGAGUGCACUGGCCAAUGACUGGCCCCUGUUUAUCUACUACAUAGCGCGGCAUUGGCCGGAUUUCACGAUGAACUGGAACCUGCUCUACGAGAGACAAGUGCUCAAUUUGCUGGAGAGGGGACUUCGUCAACCGGCCUCUAAGCACAACGCCAGACUGGCAAUUGGGUAUUUUGUUAGGCGAAAAAGACUCUUAAGCACGGUGGCCACCUGUUGGCGGGAAGGUAAAAAAGACCUGUAA